CUACAAGCACCAGUCAAAUUGUUGCGAUUGUCAUUUUUGCGACAUUUUUUGUCACAUGAAAUUAAUAAAAUGUCGACCUUCACUUGCGAAAUAAUCGGCACCGGGGAUGGAAAAUUGGAAAAUUUGGAGAAAACCCACUCCCCACCUUCCACCUCAAUGGUCAAAGGCAUAGUUGAAGAUAUCAUCGAAAAUGCUUUGGACAUUUCGGAAAAUUCGUGUGUAGCAGCUCCAAGAGAAAAAUCACCAUGUUUUUUCGGAACGGGUGAUCAAAAAAGCGACGAAGACAUUAAAAAGAAAAUCAGCUGCUAUUUUCCACAAGUGGAAAAGAAAACCCGCCUAACCGACUUGGUAAGGAAUUCCAAGCAAAUUUUGCAAAAAAUGAUGAUGUCUGAAAGCAAAACGACUAUACAAGAACAGGAGAGAAAAGCAGAAGAGCUACAAGAAAAAUUAAUACAGGCAAUUGAUCUGGACUGCAUCCAAUUAUCAGAUGUCCAACACAAAAUCAAAACUCCAAUAUCUCCAGAAGAAGUUGAUUUGCCAAAAAAUGAUUCUGCGGACAUUCUGAAUCCAUUCGAUACCAACAGCGAUAAUGAAUCUGACACAGAGUCAUCUUCUGGAAUCAUUAAAGAGCAAUUUGAAUCAGACAUAUCCAAUGAACAAGAUUUAGUUUGUUGUCGAUUGGACAAACAAGCAUUAUCACCUAUACAAAAUUUAGAUGAAUUGAAUGAACAAGAUUUGAUUACAUCUUGUGAAUUGGUUGUCCAAAGUAACAAAAAACUAUUGUCCCCUAAAGAAAAUUUGGUUGAAUCUGAUGGACAAGAUUUGCUAACAUCUUCCAACAUGAUUGAAAUUGAAUUGAACAAAAAUCAUGCGCAAUCAAACAAUGAUAUAGGAUUGAACAGCAACUCAAAAAAAUCCAAUGAACAAUCUUCCACUGUAGAAAAUUUAGUUCAAUGUGAUAGAUUGAACAGAACCCAAACAAAAGAUUUGGAAACUGAACUAAAUAGCAGCCAAUCUGACUCCACAAUAAAAAUAAAUCAAUCUGAUAUCAUUGAAAUCAAAUUGGAUGAUGGUAAAGAAGAAACAGGCACAACUUCAAUUGCAAAAAGACUGAUGACUCUCCCGAGAGCUACAACUUCCAAAGCCAAAGCAGCUUUAACUGCCAAAUGUCGUACCUUGAAAAGAGAAGCUACAACUUUGAAGAAGAAAAAGUGGAACGUGAGUGGCCGAAUUGCGAAUUUUUUCAGGAAAAGGAGAUCGAUCAAAAAAGAACAGGAUGAAGACGAAAUAAAAAAAGAAACCUAAUUGUUUUUUGAGCAUUAAUCUGUGAAAAAUUUAUGUUGAUUUUUAAUAAAACACACUUUGGUAUUUUCAACUUACUUAUAUUAUUAUGACAAUAAUUUUUAACGAAGAAAAAAAAAAUAAGAUUAUUAAUUUGAUGGAGAAGGUGCCAAGAUGUUUGAUUUUUUCGGCCUGGUUUUGUCCCUCAGCUCUAUAUGAUGUUGGUCUUCUGGUAGGUAAUUACCAUUUUUAAACUGUCAAUUGGCCAAUAUGCAGCACAAGUUCAGAAGUGGAGCCUGAGGUAAACAGAGGACAGAGUUUUAUUGAAUAGCAGAUGGCGCUGCGACGACGUUCGGCCUGAAACUGAUCCCGGUCUCGAGAUGUGGGACGCUUUUUGCGGUCCCUGGACUACUUAUUCAGGAUCGUAUCCAGAAAAAUGCAACCUCAACAAUUAUAGCAAAGCUUCU